CAUCUGUGUAUCACAAUCUACAUUCUACCCAUGAAACAGCGCCAUUGCCUACCUUUGCCCUCGUGCUUUAGCAAUAACCUUUCCGAUCACUCACGCAUUCAUGGUUCGCCGUAUCGCUCCCAUUGGACAAGGCGGGAGCGAUCCAUCGCAACACUUCGAACUCGAAGCUUCAAGUCAAAGACAUACUCCAGAACCGCGAGUGCAGCGUGCAAGUGUGGCUGACGCAUCUGCAACAUGCCCUCCAGCAUACGGAGAGGCUGUUGACGAUGCUUCAAGACCACAGCCCGCGGAGAAAUCGAGCCGUGGCCCUCCUCAGCCUCAGGCUCACAUCAUUGAAGAAGAGGAUAGCGGAUCCGAUCUAGGAUUUGAUACGGACGAGUACGAGGACGAUGAAGAAGAUUGGCAACUCGAUGAAGCAUCUGGUCAACUCAAUAACGCAAGCUUGCCCAGCUAUGAGGAAUCAGAGACGAUGCGGAUCAACGAAACUGUCGACGACCUCGUCCGUAAUGUAAUGGGGACACUGCCGCCACCAGUGCGGGCCAGUGACAGCAAAGCUCGAGAUCGUGAACAUGCUCCAGCAAAGAAGCCGCUCCCGUGCCCAAUCAUUAUUCCUCAACGACGACCGCGCAACAAUGCUCACGGCUUUGUACGAGCCUACCCACCCUUGCUUGAACCAUGUGGCAUCGAUCAGCAUGCUUUCAUAACCUUACUCGCAAACUUUCACAAAUCUCUACAGUCAUCUCCUGUUUUUCCAGCCAUCCAGAUUGCUGCGAGUAUUGUGGCGGAGAAUAUAACAUCGCAAGCUAUAGCUAUGAUGGCCACAGUCGCUGCAGCAACAGUAUUUGGAAUGGGCCCAGAGGCGCCAGCUGGAUGCAAAGUGAACAACUUCCUGGACCGUAUAAAUGAGACCGUGUUCCAACCCGCCGGUCUGCUGGCUGUUAUCGCGAAAUACAAACCUGAUGAGGAGAUGCAGCGCUCGGCACACUCAGGAGCGCUGACAAGCUUGAUUCGCGCAGACCAUGUAAAUUUCUCGACGAUGGAGAGCGCAAUGCCGUUGUACAAUCGACCCGAGGACGCAAAGCAAGCAGGCGAGAUUGGCGACCGAAUGCGUGACAUGCGGCUUGCAGGAGCUCCCGCCCGAUCCUCGCGGCCGAGCCCAGUCGCCGCACCUCUGGUCUUCCCUGCGGUGGACCGCAUGUUAAACACGGGCGUGACAGGAGUCGUCAGCAACAGCCUCUUCUCGGUCGGGAAUGUUGUUAGCAAUUAUAUCGACCGUCGUUCUCAACUGAACAUACCCGACAGGAUACCAAGAAGACAACCUGUUUACAACAAUCCGGAACGCGGUGAGCUACCUAGUAUUGUCUCGUGGGCUACAAAUGGCGCAUACAACCCACGACAGAGAUUGCAAGAUCGCCGGAUGGAAAGACGAAUCGAACGUGAUGCUCGUCGUAUGGAGCGCGGUAGGGACCCCAAGCAUCUGAGGAAAAGUGAACGACGUUAUGGCAGCGCCUACCAUGAUGAGCUCUAUGCGAGGACCGAAGAGCGCAACGAACACGCAGCCAGGUCUGCAAAUGCUAAAUACCCGAGUGCAUCGGAUUAUCGACCCGCUGAGUCGUAUCAACAGCCAAAUCGCCAUCUGCAGGAGCGGGGUCUGCUUGCCGGAUCAUUGGUGGCCGAUUUAUUAGGUGUUGCUGCGAAUACAGUUGCUCACGCCACUGGAAGCUCAAAUUUCCGGAAUGCAGAGUACUUCAGAGCAAGCUCCGCAAAUGCUCCGCCUGCUGCUAGACAGUCAAGCCAGGACUAUCAACAUGUUCGAGGGGCACAAUCUGGCGCCCACGUUGAGUACGAGGAUGACCGGCACGAGGCCACUCAGGGUAUUGAGACGGUACGAAGACUAUUGAGGGAAGAUGUGCUGUACCUGAUGAUCGUGAAUAUGCCCUCCGAAAUGGAGAUGGCAGAGGCGUGGGAGCAGCUUGAAUCUGCAGGGUUUCGAUGAUCCUGCAACUUUUGAAGCGAAACAAAGAGGGGUUGUAGGUGACUGCACAGAAAGUGAAGGAAAGAUGUACACGAUGAAAAAGAAAUGCUCAGCCCCUUCGUCUUGUGGACGGUGUCUUGCUUGCCUGAGCUCCGGAGGUUCGGCUUGCGCUUGUGGCCUCCUUGACAGCCUUCUUGGCAGUUGACUUUGCGUUUGUGUUCUUGUUGUCCAAGCUCUUCGUGCUGUUCCAGUAGUAGACCAUCUGGACAGCAAGCACUGCGUUCAAGCAAAAUCCUGCAAUGAAUCCAUAAAGAAUGAGUUUGUCAGGAACUUCCUGCAGGGUGGUGAAAACCCGGGCCAAAGAUCCAGCGAGGU